UAUUCAAUUGAAGCAGAAAAAGUAGAUUUGAUUAAAAAAUUAGCGCCUGCGCUUCGAAAAUAAAUUUGAAUUUGCCGCACCGGAAAAUACACAUUCGGUGUCGCAUUAGACGGAUAUGAAUACGCCGGGCAUCAGCCUGUUUCAGGGGGCUGACACCCUCAAUGUGAACUCCACACUGGACCGCCUGGAGGAGGAAGAAGUGCUGCAGGAUCAAAAAAGACACGAAGAAGAGCUGGGGCAGCUAUUGGAAAAUGCGUUUGGCGACCUGCACGAUGAGGAGAACACGAUCGACUCGACAACGAAUUACCAGUCGGAACAUUCUCCGGCUCUCCCGCCCAGCUACCCGACCCAUCCGCUCCAGGAACCACUGCAGGAGGAUCCCCAGCAAGCUAAUGAAUUUUACCGCCUCCAGAUGAUGCUAAAAUCCAAGGACAACGAAUUGCAAACUAUCAACCAGAUCGCCAACGAUAAGCACAAGGAACUCGAUGAGAUCAAAAAACGCCUCUCCAUUACGCAGGCCGAGCUGGAGCGGGCCCGACGUGAGAAGCAGAAUACACAUGAGCUGCUGGUGGAGACCAAAGAAAGUUGCUCCAACAAAGACAGCGACCUAGAGAAGCUGCGCUUAGAAAAGAAGCAACUGGAGGAGAUUAACACGCGGCUGGUAGGCCAGCUGGAGAUUACCAGAACUUUGCUGUCCGACGUCCAGUCCAAGUAUGACAUGGUGCAGCGGGAUACGCACAAACGGGAGGAGCGCAACGCUGAACUGCGAGUCAAACGCAUUGAAGACGCCCAUCGAGGACAGUGCGAUCUUUUCAAUCAACAACUUAACCAAUUGACGGAUCAGUUGGACCGCAAAAAAAACGAGUUGGAGCAGAUGACCUCGCGGUACAAUGCCCUGCAGAUGGGCCAUGAAUCCAUGAUUCUAGACAAGGUCGCGAAGAUAAACGAGCUGAGCGAAGCUCUGGACGUUGCUCAGAUGCGCUGCAAUCAGAUAAACAGCAGGCCUGAGCUGGAAGCGGAGAAUCAUCGCCAGCAACAAUACAUCUGUGACUUAAAAGCCCGCAUAGCCUCCCUGGAGCAAACGCUUGCCUUGCUUAAUGAUCGAGUGAACGAAACUACAGCGGAGCUUGACCUAAUGGACUCGCUUCUUCAACAGCAUCAUGCGGAUGAAUCUCCCACGGGAAGGCUAAGUCAAGUGGGUGGAUCCCGACUUGUGGGGAGCACACCCCUAAAUCCCUUAGAUAGGGUUAGCCACAUCAAGCAGGAGCUGUAUCGGGCGCUGGCCAAUCUGAAGAGCAAGCGGGAGGAGGUAAGGCGCCUUGAAAAGCAAUUGGAAGAGCGAAAUCAGGAACUGCGCGUGCUGCGCGAACAGGAGAAUCAAUCCCUAGUACAACUAGCAACCCUAAAAGAAGACAAAAUGCGCCUGGAAAACAAGGUGAAAGCCAUGCAACAAGAACUGGAAGAGCUGCAACACAAACCACUGCAGGAGUCAGGUCUGCAGGCCCAAUUGGAUGCCAUGGUCGCCGAGAGGGAUUCACUGAAGGAAAAACGCCAGCAGAUCGAAGAGGAACUAAGAAAUGUGAAAAAAGAUUUAGAGCAAUUAAGGCAGCAACACGACAGCCUUCAGCAAAACUACGAGCAUCUUACGCAGGAUAAUCGGCAGUUGCGAACACGAGCAACCGCAGACAACCUACGUUUGGACCUAGAACGCCACAAGAUACUUUUGAAAGAUUCCCAAAGCGAGGUGGAGCGUCUCAAGAAACUGUAUGCUGACAUCGCCACCGACAAGGAGUCGUUAGAUUACGAACUAAGAAAGCUACGGGAAUCGGACACGCUCAUAGAAUUGCAGGAACAACGCCAACUUUUGGCCACUGCCCAGCGGAAUUUACAGCUGGCGGAGCUCAAGUCCCAAGAGUUUAGUAAGCUCCUGGAAUCGGAGAAGCUCGGACACGAGCGUGAUUUACAAACUCUACGCCAAAAAAGCGAGCGGGAGAAGCGUGAUGAGGCCAAUGCUGCGGCCAAAGAGACCUCCGAUAAUUGCACCAAGUGUAUUGAAAACCUGGCAGAGAUUACCAAGUUGGAAAUCCGAAUGUUAAAGCUUCAAAACAUAAACUCAAUGCAGGCCAAGGAGCUCAGGGGAUUGGAGAACGAACUGGAACAGUCCAAGCAGCUCCAGGCUGAGAUGCAGGAUAAGAUCGAGCUUUCGAUCAAGCAGGACGAACUUAUUAACGACCUUAAGGAAAAGGCCAAACACUUCGAGGCGUACAUUGUACAACAGGAAGAGAACCAAAGGCAGCAGCAUCAGAGGAAGACAACGCCCAGUCCCAAAUCAAAUUUAGAUUCGCCUUCUAGCUCUUCUCCGAAAGAGCUAACUCAGGAGCGGAUUAAGGUGAUCGAACAGCGUGUUCGCGAUGAAAUGGCCAAACUUUUUGCAGCCGAACUCAAAAAGUUCACUAACCGUCUGCAACAAACCGAAGAGCGGAGCCAGUGCCUCCAAAGAGAGUACCAAGCGGUUUGCGCAGAACUGCAGCAUCGCCAAACGGAGGUGGAUCUACUUAAGCAAACCAUCCUGGCAGAACGCGAAAACAUAGACGAAAUCCUGGCCGGCAAGGAGGAAAAACAGAAGGGAAUGCUGCAGAAAUGCCGCCAGGAGCUGCAAGCGAAAAACCAGCGAAUCGCCGAACUACUUCGCGAAGUGAAGGAGCAGCACGCCAGCAUUGAUUCGGAAAGACAAUCCAUGAAAGCUGUGAUGGCUCAGUGGGAGAAGCAGCGUCAGUCAGUCGACCAGGUGGAGCAGCACUGGCGCCAGCAGCUGGAAUCGCUGCGUAGCACCCACGAGGAAGCAAUGCGGUCCGCCCAGCAGCGCUAUCAAAGUGCCAAGCGCACAGCCCACAAUUACAAGUUGUAUGCCGACGACAAGGAAGCGCACAUGAAACGUGAGUACGAGCGCAUUAAACAUGAGUACGAGCUGUCGCUGGCAAAGAUCGAAACGACCAUGAAUCAGCACCUGGAGCGGCGCAGUCGCGAAAGGCACCGCGACAAGGAAAACGUGCCGAGCAAUAGCAGCAACAAGCCGACCAGCAGCUCCAACAGUAAUAUCAAGGGCAGUGGCAUAAGCAAAAGCUAGGGAAGAUAGAUGUAUAUUCGUUAGUGAAUUAUCGUUAUUGCAUGAUCUGCCAAACUGUUUAAUAAAUAUAGGUCGCUAUA